GAGAUAUCUGAAACAAUGGCUCUGACAAACCUUAUGUCAAUGCCCAUGGGACCAUGGAAGAUUACCGUUUAUGAUCAGGAGCAUUUCCAGGGCAGGCGUUGUGAAUUCACCGCUUGCUGCCAGAACAUCAUGGAGUACGGAAUGGAGACUGUCCGCUCCCUGAAGGUGGAGUGUGGCGUCUGGGUAGGUUUUGAGCACUCUACCUUCAAUGGCCAGCAGUUCAUCCUGGAGAAGGGAGAUUACCCUUGCUGGGAGGCCUGGAGUGGCAACAAUGCCUAUCGCAUUGAGAGGAUGAUGUCCUUCCGCCCCAUCUAUUCUGCUACACACAGUGAUUGCCGUAUGAUGCUUUUCGAGUGUGAGAACAUGACUGGAAGGCAGUGGGAGGUGUGCAAUGACUACCCCUCCCUGCAGGCUAUGGGAUGGUGCAACAACGAGGUCGGCUCCAUCCAAGUCAUGAGUGGCGCCUGGGUAUGCUACCAGUAUCCCGGUUACCGUGGUUACCAGUACAUUAUGGAGUGCGACUGCCACGGAGGCGAGCACAGGCACUACAGGGAGUAUGGCUGCCACGCUCAGACCCCUCAGAUCCAGUCUAUCUGUAGGAUCCAGCAUUGAGAGGAACCAGCCGUGUCCUUCCCUCCCUUCUUCCUCCUUCUGAGCCCUUCAAACUUCCACUUCCGCCAUCCCUCCGUUCCCAGCCUUGCAAGAUGGUUUGUUGACCCGGACAGCAGGCUGGUAUACUGGUGCUACACUAAUGUAACAAGUCCACAGCACGUUUUUUUACCCACUACACGAGGAAAGAAAGACAAACUAUUGACGGCAGGAACGACGAGAAGAAAAAGUCCUGUAUGAUGACAGCAGAACGGACGUGGUGCGUUGCUCUUCUUUCGUCAUGACUUGAUCAUCAUGAUCAUAGCCGUUGCAGUUUCCAUGGUCAACUUCUGUAUGAUAUUUGAUGAAUAAAGUACAUGAGCAUAAAAUCUAAAGAAACAAA